AUGCUCAAGCUGCGGACGCUGAUGGCUAAUUUCCACGAUUUGAUCAACUCGGAGUACUGGAGCCUUGUAGCGAACAUGAGUCAAAUUGUCACCUUCAUGCUGGGCAUCAACCAUUUGGUCGCUUGUGGCUUCUACGGCUUGACGGAGCUUACUCAAGCGUCCGAGGAGACGUCCUGGGUGAGGUCGUUCGGCUUUGAGGGCACAUCGUGGUCCUACCGCUACGCCACCGCCUUGCAUUGGUCGAUCACCCAAUUCACUCCAGCUGCCAUGGAAGUUCACCCGACCAACAUGUCGGAGCGGUCGUACUCCAUUGCGGUGGUGAUCUUUGCCAUGGUUGGCUUCUCCUCACUGGUCGGCGGCAUCACCAGUAUCCUUACGCAGUUGCGUGGUCUGUCGCAAGAGAAAGCGAAGGAGCUGUGGAAGCUGCGCCGCUACAUGCGCCUUAAGCAUGUCAAAGCGGAUCUCAAUGUGCGCAUCCAGAGGUACGUGGAGCAUGCAUGGAACGAGCGACAGAUGAACCUCUCGAUCGGCAGCGUGAAGUUCGUCGAGUUACUGUCGGAGCCACUCCGGGAUGAGCUGCUCUGUGCUGUUGAUAUGCCGACCAUGGUCGUCCACCCUCUCUUCUCCUUCCUGCAGAAAGAGCAGGAAGUCACCCUCCGCCGUCUGGUCACGCAUGCCAUACAGCACAAGUUCCUGGCACGUGGGGACAUCCAUUUCUACUCGGCCGAAGUGGCAACACAUGCGUACUUCACCGUCUCCGGAAACCAGACGUACACCCAGCAUCCACCCAGAGUUGCGGUCGCUGUGGCAGUCGAGAUCGAUCGCAACCAGCAAUGGGUCGGAGAGCAAGUUCUUUGGGCGAAUGACUGGGUUCAUCUCGGCUCCUUUCAAGCAGUAUCGGAGUCGGACAUGAUGGCCUUGGAUCCAGCUGAGGUGGCAAAAGCCCUCUCGUCGAAUCCCCCGGCGUGGAAUGCGGUGGCAGGGUACGCACAGGAGUUUACCAUGUGGCUGAACAGCCAACACACGAACGAGUUGUCCGACGUCCUGUCGGCAGA